AUGUGCUCACCCAGGGACGCCUACCCAGCGACGUUCUCGGAGGAUAUCGGCAAGACUGGUCGUCUUUUUGGCGUAUUCAGACUGAGCAGCGGCAACUACGCAGACUAUAAUGAGAGCGAUGUUCAGCUACAAAUGGAUGGCGUGGUAUCCAAAGCUCGCUCCUUGCGUCUACGAUCGAAAUGCCUUCUCGUCGUGUAUCUGGAUGACGACGAGCAUUUCCUCGAAGUGUUUGCCGAAGGAUCCCUUCGAGGGCGACUGUUGGUUUGGGCCUCCAGACUGCUAGUUAUAACUCGACUCUCCUUCCUGAGGCUGAGGUCCCUGUUGGCUAAUUACUGGACGUUCUCCAUGAUGAAUGCCGUCAUGAUGAAUCUAGAGGGAAAUUCGACGUCUGUCCUUAUCCAUUUCAGGGGCAGUUUCUACACCAACCUUCCGUACAGCUCGAGUGGCAGCCAAAUCGUUCAAGUGGCCACUUGGUCACAGGAGAAUGGACUGAGUUUCAGGAGGAAAAAUAACCUUUUCGCCGAGAAGUUUUCCAACUUUUUCGGAGCAACGGUGAACGUAACGGCCCUUCCGUACGCCCCCCACUGGCUCGAGACUUUAGUAGAAGGUCCAGACGGUUCAACGACCAAGAUCUACGGAGGGACAGAUUACCAGCUUCUGUCAACUAUCGCGAAGGCUCUCAAUUUCACCAUUAGUGUUCUACAUACAUCCAGUUGGGACGAGGUGGCGACCCGCGUCGAAGAGAGGGUCUCCUUCAUGGCCACGGUGUUCCACAACGUGCUACCACAGAGGCUCGAACGAUACGACUACUCGUACACGUACGAAUACGGUUCCCUGGACUUCUGCGUUGCCAAACCUGGCCUGAAACCUCAGUGGCAGGCUCUUUAUUACCCUUUCACGGACGAAGUCUGGUUGGCGAUUUUAGCUGCUCUCGUGCUAGUGCCUGUUGUUCUUCGUCUGAUAAAUACACCAACUUUCCCAGGCGAGUCAGGCAUGGCGCUUUCGGUCCACUCUGCCCUGGAAAACGUCUUCGGAUCUCUCCUCGGUCAGCCACUCCUGAAGGACCUGCCUGAAGGGAGUUCCUUCCGUGCUGUCCUCGGAGCCUGGCUGGUAUUCGCCUUCAUUUUGGGCUCAGCCUACAGGGGUAACUUGACAGCCUUCCUUACAAUUCCCAAGUAUCCCCCUCGAGUGGAAACUGUGGAGCAACUGGUGGAAACUUUCGACAGAAUAACAAUGCCACCUUUUGGGAACGAAUUCAUCCAGUUCUUCAAACAAUCCGAUAACAAACUGUACAAGACCAUGGCCGAACAUAUGUCCAUUGUUCCCUCUGUCAUGGAUGGUCUCAGGGAAGCUAUCAAAGAAAAAGAAGCCCACGUCGCGGGAAGAAGGUUCAUGGAGCAGACUAUAGCCAAGCACUUCAGCAAUCCAGAUGGUUCCACCAAGCUCUACAUAGGACGGGAAAGUAUCCUGCCAGGGAUCUCUGCCUGGCCCUUACCUCAUGACGCCCCGUACAGACCACAGAUCGAUCGGGUCAUGAUGUCCGUUAUUGAGGCAGGCCUCUACGAGCACUGGAGCAGAACCAUCCUGAGACUGGCGCAGGGCGAGAGCAGGAAACGAGCCCGCGAGUACAGAGAGCAACAACAGAAGGAGAAGAGGAAGAACUCCGUCUCGGACAGCGAGAACGAAAUGGACGACCCCAGUGAAGACGACAAGCAGGCCUCUAGGCCUAGCCAGGCGCUGACGGUGGUCCACAUGCAAGGUCCUCUAAUGCUACUGCUCUUGGGACUCGUGGCCGGAGGAAUUUGCUUUUGCUUGGAGGUCAUUACUCGUUAUUUCGUUUCCAUGGGCUACCUUUCCUUCAAAGACUGAUUUUUCAUGCGUGUGGUUCAC